UCCUCGCCCCGAGUCCCCCCCGCUUCUCCCCCCUCCCUCUCUCCUCUCCUUCUCUCGGUUUUUGCGAAGGUGCCCCUGGCAGCAGCAGGGCGCUGCGGUUCCCGUGGACUAGAGGCUAUGCUAAGGAGCAACAACAAGUGCCCGCCUGGCUCCCCUGCAAGCCCGGAGAGCGUGGGGCAAAGAAGCCCUCUCCAAGCCCUUCUCCAAGAGUUCGCUCCUCAUCUGGAUUGAUAGACAGGCAGACGGACGACGGCCACUGUGCUCCUUUGAAGGACUAUGACUUUAUGGUCUCAGACUCCUGGCCUUUAGCGGAUCAUCAAAAGGAGCCCAGCUAUGCGGUGAAACUGGACUUCGAGUCUCUGCAAAAUAUUUGUUCUUGGUCUUGUCUCGCUCAGAUUCCAGAGAGACGAGCCACAGAGCCACGAUGCUCCCUGAAAUGACCCUUUUGCUGCUUGUGGGAGUUGGCAUCUCCACAGUAGCUGGAGGGGGAACUGGAGGGGGUUACGCACAGAUCAAAUACAUGCAGCCUGUGGUGAAAGGACCUCUGGGCCCUCCGUUCCGGGAAGGCAAAGGACAAUACAUAGAUAUGCCGCCACCACUACUGCCAAUGGACCUCAAAGGGGAGCCUGGACCUCCUGGGAAACCUGGCCCAAGAGGUCCUGCUGGACCACCUGGCUACCCUGGGAAACCAGGCACUGGCAAGCCAGGACUUCACGGCCAACCAGGCCCUGCUGGACCACCUGGCUUUUCUGGCAUAGGCAAACCAGGUAUCCCAGGGCUUCCUGGCAAAGCAGGAAUGAAAGGGAUACCUGGUAUGAAAGGUGAACCUGGCAUAAGAGGAGACCAAGGGCCAAGAGGCUUGCCUGGCCCACCAGGGUUGCCUGGACCAGCUGGCAUUUCGGUUAAUGGUAAGCCAGGCCCAUCAGGUAGUCCUGGCCUACCUGGAUUCCGAGGGGAGCCCGGAGCAAAAGGAGAGCCUGGUCUUCGUGGCGAGCGUGGCAUGAAGGGCGAAAAUGGAGUUGGAAAACCAGGGUUGCCUGGGCCACGAGGAAAUGCAGGCGCCCCUGGCCCUGCAGGGCCCCCAGGACCUAUGAGCAUUGGGAAACCUGGACUUGAUGGGUUGCCCGGUGCUCCUGGUGAGAAGGGUGACUCGGGGCCUCCAGGUGAGACAGGACUCAAUGGGCAGCCUGGGCCUAUGGGUCCACGUGGCCCACCUGGAGUUGAUGGAAUUGGCAUACCAGGUGUAGCUGGUAUACCAGGCAUACAAGGCCCUCUGGGUCCUAAGGGGGAACCUGGCCUUCGUGGCCUUCCUGGUAUGCCUGGACCUACAGGAUAUGGGAAGCCAGGACUGCCUGGCUUAAAGGGAGAUCGUGGUCCACCAGGCAUACUCGGAGCCAUUGGGGACAAAGGAGAGCCUGGAGCAGAUGGUGAGCCAGGCGAGAUGGGCCCCCCUGGCAUUAUUGGGUCACCAGGCCCUCCAGGUUCUAUGGGUAUGCCAGGCAAGCAUGGAAUUCCAGGUUCUAAAGGGGAGCCUGGACCAAGUGGGCCCGCAGGACCACCAGGCAUGCGUGGGGACCAAGGGCCCAGUGGCUUUGUAGGCAAACCAGGGAUACCCGGAGAGAGGGGGUUACCUGGGGCCCAAGGGAUGCCUGGACCAAUGGGCCCCAAAGGGGAAAAUGGUUUCAUAGGGCUUCCUGGGGUGCCAGGACAACCAGGGGCCAUGGGCUCUAAGGGGGAUGCAGGUAUCCCAGGGCAACCAGGCCUUCGAGGCCCAUCAGGCAUACCAGGUUUACAGGGCCCUUCUGGUCCAAUGGGACCCCAAGGUUUACCAGGCUUAAAAGGGGAGCCUGGCUUCCCAGGGCCACCGGGAAAUGGAAAAGUAGGCGAGCCAGGACUAGUUGGUCCCACUGGGCCACCAGGGGUUCCUGGAAAUCCAGGAUUAAAUGGGCCACCAGGACCACCAGGGCCACCAGGACCACCUGGUGCACCAGGGGUGUUUGACGAGGCAGGCAUCGCUGGCCUUCAUUUGCCAGAUGGAGGUGUAGAAGGAGCAGUGCUGGGAAAUGGCAAGCAUGGAAAGCCACAAUAUGGCAGAGGGGAAUUGUCUGCCCAGAUGGUACCUGCCUUCACUGCCAUCUUGACCUCACCAUUCCCAGCCUCAGGUAUGCCAGUAAAAUUCGACAGGACUUUGUACAACGGGCAUAAUGGCUAUAACCCAGUGACAGGGAUCUUCACAUGUCCCAUCUCUGGCAUCUACUACUUCGCCUAUCAUGUCCAUGUUAAAGGAACUAAUAUCUGGGUGGCACUUUACAAGAACAAUGUACCUGCCACCUAUACUUAUGAUGAAUACAAAAAGGGCUACUUGGACCAGGCUUCUGGUAGUGCUGUGCUUGAACUCAAAGAGAACGACCAAGUCUGGAUCCAGAUGCCGUCGGAUCAAGCCAAUGGUUUGUACUCCACUGAAUACAUCCAUUCUUCUUUUUCUGGAUUCCUUCUCUGUCCCACAUAACAGCUGUUGGACAUACCUCCUUUUAUCUACUUUAGCCAUAAACUGUCUUUUAAAAGAAUAAAUAAAUACAAAACGUCACUGGGAAGAUAGUACAAACUGGUGGUAAACCAGGUGUUUUGGCCAAGAAGAGAUCAUUAGAAGAGAGAUUUUAUUGGUGGGUAUUUUCAGUAACAUUUCUUUAUGCAGAAUUUAGUUUUCCCUACUGACUGUACAUCACACGGAUGCUAACUUGGGGAUUAGUUGCCAGUCAAUUCUCUUAAGAUGCACAGAAGGCAUUAGAUCAACGGCAGCACUUGGAGCUGCAGCCUUCAACAUAUAAAGGUGUAGAAUUCCUUAUUAGAUUGAGGCAUCUCCUUCCAAAUUUAGCAUUUGCUCAUGUUUCAGUUUUCUGUCAUAAAAUGUGAUCCUAGUCAGUCUCUUGGGGUAAUAAAGACUCAACAGGGUGAAUUGUCAAAGUGCGGAAUGCUUUGUAUAAACGCCUUCUACAGAAUGCUGAACACAUCUCUACAGCAUCCUAUCCAAGGUAUAUAGAGAACAAGAUGGCAAGCAAAGCAUAUUCCAAAGCCAUUUAGAGACUUCUGUGAGCCCCUGCCCCCCACAAAGACUCUCUAAGUCAUGGUAAUCUGUUGGCAAGUAAAGUUACUCAGCGUGCACCUUGUACAAGGCAGUAGCCCGUAAACAUCAACAGCCCUGAGAACAGUGAUGCUUCCAGUACAAAGGCACUACAAGGCAUAGCUUCCAACGCUUGCUUACUCAGCUGGAAAAGAAGGUGUUACGCUAUCUUCAAAGUGCCAGUUAACAGACAGUUGUUUUUUUUUCAAGAUGUGUAAAUUUUUUGUUAUUGUUGGUGCGGGUGGCAAAAGUACCCAACCAUGAAAUUUUUGAUUUACGAGAAGUAGAGUUCAUUGUAACUUUCCAUUCAGUUGUUUUUACAACGGUGCUAUUAGCUACUUAAUGUUAUUCACAAGUAUAGUGCAAUAUCUAUCACAAAAAAGGUGCAAAAUGUUAUGUGCAAAGAUUUCUGUGAUUAAGAAAAAAGGAAUAAUUUCAUUGUCUUUUUUUUA